AUGGGGCUGGCUAUUGUAAGGCGGCACAACAUAGUGCUGGCUGCCGGCGUGGCCUUGGUGCUGGUGGUCGUUUUGUAUACGUCGGGCUCGUUGGACAAUGGCCAAUAUAUGAGAAUCCUUCCGGCGAAAUCGAGCCAAGGAGCGAGCGAAGUGCAAGUCGCUCACGUUCCGAAUGAUUCGACUAGCCAACAUGGAACAUCGCGAUUACACUUCUUGGUCCCGGCAAGUGUUUCAAACGUCCGUCUCUGCUACGCUUUGGCCUCGGCGGCGGUCAACAGAUAUCCGGUUCCCACACUUAUAGGCUGGAAUGGUCAAGGGGAGCUCGACGCUGCCCGGACGCACCUAGCAAAAUUGCGCACGAUGAAGCGAUACCUGGAUGGUCUUUCACCAGAAGAAGAUGAGGAUCUUGUCAUCAUGGUUGACGGAUACGACGUAAUCCACCAACUACCCGUAGAGAUCAUGGUUAAACGCUACUUUGAUAUAGCGCAAAGAGCGGACGCUCAUCUAGCUGAACGAAUGGGCAUGUCUGUCAGAGAACUUCAUGAACAAGAUGUGAAGCAGACAGUGUUUUGGGGUCCGGACAAGAUUUGCUGGCCAGGAGACGCGGCGGCUGGACGUUGCUGGGCUGUUCCGCCCCCAUAUCUGGGGAAGAAUGCCUUUGGCGAAGAUCAGGGGGCAAAAGACCUACGAACCAAUGAUCCUCGGUGGCUGAACUCUGGGACCGUCAUAGCUCCCAUUGGAGAUAUGAGAAAAGUGAUAGAUGCUACAAUGGACGAAAUCGCGGCGACGCACGAUGUCAACUUCCCGCAGUCAGAGUCUGACCAGUACUAUCUGGCUAAUCUUUGGGCUCGGCAGGAAUAUUCGCGAUCCAAGCAGAUUGCCAACGGGUCAGAGGUAGAGGGAGGGCCAGCGAAUCGCGUACUUCCCGAGAAGCUAUCGGAAUCACAGCCGACUGAGCUCCAUAUCGCCAUCGAAUACGAGUCGGCUCUUUUUCAAACCCAGGCAGCGAACGAGCCGUUCCUGGGCUACCUUGAGUACAGUGGCCCGUCUUACACAAACCAAGUACACGUGGACAUGUUCAACCAAGGGGAGGCAUUCACCCCGUUCCCAAUCCACAUGCCGAUCAACGUUCGAAUGGCGUUGGCGAAGCUGUACGAUUCCAUCCCCAAGGCACACCCUGGUUCGUCGGCAGAUACCUGGAUACAAAAGGUGCAACUCGCCACGAAUCUUGUAACAAAACACAUUUACGGGCUCUGGCACUGUACAGGGGCCAAGGAUUCGAUUGACUCGGAGUUUCGCAAGAUGUGGUUCUAUCCGUUUAUCCGAUCCCUUCUCCGGGAGUCGGUGCGGUCGAUUCAAAGGGGCGAUGCCAUUUCUCCCGAGCCAAUAGACGGCCGAGUAUGGUUGGCCAAGUCAGUCUAUCCCAAGGAUGGAGAAGUGGUGGGCGAAUAUGGUGGCGCUUGGUCAGACGAAGAGGUUGGUGGCAAGUUCAUUCCCUGGAAAGACAUAUGCGGCGAGCAUGAAGGCAUUCUCUUCCAGGGUCAGCAGGAUGCAGCCCUGUAA